AUGAGGGAGAGGACCGACAGCCUUGUCAGAUGGUCCAAUAAAGGGACUUUAAAAAGACUUCCUCUCCUCUCCUCUCCUCUCAGGCUGCCGGUAGUGGAAGUGGAGGUCUUGUCAGCCUUGCCAGACUACAUCCACUCCUCCAGACUCACCCUAACCCAGCUGAACGUGGAGAGCUUGCUGACGACCGCUGACCUGCUGCAGCUCGGAGCCGUGAAGAAGGCCUGCGAGGCCUUCCUGGUGCGUCUGCUGGAUGUGGACAACUGCCUCGGCAUGCUGGCGUUCUCUCAGCUCCACGCAUGUCUCACCCUGGAGAAAGAAGCCCGCAGGCAGCCAUCCGGCAGUGAUUAA